UGUACGAUUGCGUCCGAUUGCCAUAUUGUUUAUUUUCUUCAUUUCACAUCAUAGAAUAUUAAACUGCGAACAUAAAAUGGCAUCUGGUAAGACUUUAACAAAAGGCAAAAGUGGCCUGCGAAUGCUUCCAAACGACGACAAAGACCGUUCUCCUUUCACGAUAGAAGAACCUCCUUGGCAGCCAGACGAAAAAUAUACUUCGUGCGUGAAAUGUAAAGCGACGUUUGAUUUCUGGAAGAGACGGCAUCAUUGUCGAAGAUGUGGCAAUGUGUUUUGUGGGACCUGUUGUGAUCAAAAAGUUCUUCUACCAAGACUAAACUUUGUUGAUCCUGUUAGAGUGUGCGAGGAAUGCGCUGCUGUGGCAAAGAAAGAAAAUGAAUUUUUUGAUAAAUCUUUGAAAGUUUUAAUGAAUGGAGCGGAUUUUUAUGUUGAUGAAUCAACAGAAGAAACUUUGCAUUGUAAACUUAAUCACAAGAAUCACAGAGAAAUCCUAAUUGGCAAAAAUCAUGAUGUCAUUGAUUUGACAAGACUCAUCUCAGUAAAAACUGUAUCUGAUAAUCCAGAAACCCAAGGUUCAACUCUUCCCAUAGUAACAGGUCUGAUCUUCAAAUGCAAAAAUGAAAGCAGUAACUCACCUGAGACAAAACAACUACGAGCGUUGGAAGCUACACAAGAAGGCAGAAAGGCUUCGCUAAACUGGAUUGUUGCCAUGCAGAAGGGAGUGAAGAUCUUGUUUGAGGCAGGCCACUGAGAUUCGUGAAUGACAUCACCUGGGGUAAUUGAUCCGGAAAUUAUUCCAAAAAAAAAUAUGGGAAUCGUUUUCGCUAUUGCUGUAUACCAACGCUCUCUGCAUCAAAACUGAUCUCUGUACCUGACACUGGAUAAAAUAUGAUAUAAUUAUAUUACUGAUACCCCAUCAAACGCAGUAUUUCAAAGACGUAAUAAUGCCGCGCUUUCGGAGUAAUUCAUGAACAUAGUCAUAGAAUAGAACCACAAGAACUACAAGUUACAGAUUCACAAAAGACGGGGGAUUUCUUAAAAGAAAACGUAGUUACUGCAUACUUUGUGAUAUUGUGUAUGUUAAAAAGGUCAUAAUUUAGAUUAAUAUGAAAGGAACUUAAAUGGUUGUGCUUUUUUUCCUCUUUGAAAGAGGUUUGGUUGUCGCGUACCGUACGAGGUCACAUAUAACGCUGGGAAUAUUGAAAGUGAAAAUAAGUGGAUGUAUCGAAAGUGUGAAAUUGGGUUUAUGUUAAAUAUGCUUGUUCAAAAGAUCCAAUUAGCACAAACGUAGUGUUGGGUCGGCAGAAAAGCACGAUGGUAUAAAAAAACAACCUUGAAUGAUCAAGAUAUGUAUUUUCUGACAUUUUUUGGAUGUCGUACGUGUUUGCUAACUUUGCUUAUAAUUUCCGUUGGGCAAGUAUCCUAAUUGGUGUUAACCCUGUCCCCCCGUCAUGACGUCAUCUGACUGGAACUUAAUGAUCCGUACCAAAACAACAAAAUUUGGCGAAUUGUUUAAACUGGCUGUAAGUCAAGACAUCCAUUAAACCUUUUGGCUAUCUUAUGCAUUUACCUAUUCCAUGAAACCUGGAUAUGGGUGGCCAGUCUGAGCCAUCGGAUCACUGUGGGGAAGGAUUCCGUAUCGGGUAAGAA